CCGCCACGUCGUCACCUCUGCCGCAGAUUUACCCUCACUCGGGCUCACGACAAGUUCCCCGUGGUCCCGACAGCGAAUAUGUGAUUCAUUUCACUCUUGUGAACCUACUUGGCUGUAAUGCGAUCCUUUCAUGCCUUCCUCUCCCGCAGUCCUCAGCCGAUACACAGAUAUAUUGAAUGUGAUAGUUAAAGCACGUGCUUUGGGUCAUCACCUUGGUGAGCAAUGGAGAUAAGAAUAAUCUUCCCCAGGAUACUGUUGAUGGUUGCUACUGUCUUCGCAGGGGUUGGAGGUCUGCGGGAUGUGGAGAUCAGAGCGCCCCUCGCUGUGCCACCCGGCUCCUCGGCCACCCUAACCUGCAAGUACGACCUAGAGGGCGACCCGCUCUAUACGGUCAAGUGGUACAAGGGUAGACAGGAGUUCUUCCGAUAUGUUCCCAAGGAGCUGCCACACACUCGAGUGUUUCCUCUCCCAGGAGUCAAUGUAGAUAUAAGUGCGUCAGGCCCUACGAAAGUGGUACUAAGGGAUGUUCAGAAGGCUCUUUCAGGCAGGUACCGCUGCGAGGUGUCAGCUGACGCUCCCAACUUCCACACUAGAGUCGUAUCUACGAACAUGCACGUCAUACAUAACCUGGAGGGAGAACCACGCAUAUUGCUAGAGAAGUUGAGAUACUCGGUGGGAGACACUCUCAAGGGUAACUGUACAGCCCCCCCUAGCAGUCCUCCCGCCAACAUUACCUGGGUAGUCAACGGCCACAAGGCGCUUCCCAAAAGUAUACGACACAUAAUCUGGAGGAAUGGAUUUGACGAAGACUCAAAAUCAAUGACAAUCGCAGACCUGGAGUUCGAGGUAGAUGUGAACGUGGUGCCGGGGAGUGGUGGAAAGCUGGAAGUGCGCUGUAUCGCUGAUGUCUACCAAGCCUACGCCACCGAGACCAAGGUCGUACUGUCCGAGGAGAGGCCGAGGCUGGCAUCCGUCCUCGGCAGUCGAGAUUCCUCAUUAGGGUCGCUGAACACGUGGUCCAGCUGCUUGUUGAUGUUACCGGUGGCGGCGCUAGUGUCGCGGUAACGCCUUGCUCACUCACACCAUGUAAAUACAACACAAUGUUGCUGUCACGUCGUACCCGACAAAUGUAUAUUUUUCCUACAUGACAUUUUUACUGUAUAGACGCCAAUUUGGUUUGAUAUUUUCGUGUUACCUUGUUGACUGUACAUAUUACCGAUAUGAACAAUAACCAAAACAAUAAAUUCCUAUUGUAAGAAAA